CAAUCUUGUAUUUUGUAAGUCCGUUGCUGUGUUAGUUAAUACUUGCUGUUGAUGUUUUAAUGAACCGAAAUUAUGUUCUGGAUAUUAAGAAAUAAUUAUUAACUUAAAUAUAAUAUUGGUUUAUGCGUGUAUGUGUUCAUAAAAGAACCAUGGAUAACAAGAUAGAAUCAAAAUUUGAUCCGAACGAAGUACAAAUAUGUAAAUCUUACUCUGCAGUGAACAGUAGAAUAACUAAUUUCUUAAAAAGAAAAAGAGAAGAAAGUAACGACAUAAAUACCAGAGUGUAUUGUAGUUUAGUUUCUAGUUCUGAUUCAUCCAGAACUUGUUCUACAAUAGCAGCUAAACGUCAGAUAGGAUCAGAAUCCUUUGUAAAAAAUAGCAAAGUGGUUAAUCAUUCAGGUCCACAGUGUAAUGGUGGUUUGGAUCCAGCUAGUCAAAACAGCUAUAAAUUGUCAAGUAAUGAAAAUUCUAUAGGACAAAAACCAGACGUAUAUGAAAGAAUAUCAAAUUUAGAGAAAUGUUUGAACUUUAAAAAUGAUAAUGACAUUGAUAUUUAUAAAAAACUCAAGUCGAUUGAAGAUCAUGUACUAAAAUUAGAAAAUAUGUUAUUAAAUACUGGAAAGUUUUCAUUAUCAAGUAUUUGUUCAAAUGAUAAUCAACCUAUGGAAAUCGUAAACCACAAUUUAAAGAUCGAUAUUAAUAAUAUACAGGACAAACUGGGCACUAAGGACAAUUUAAUGAAUGAAGACAAAUCUUCUAGUGUAUUACCUACUAAGUCUAAGUAUAGUGCUGAAGAAAUCCAUAAACUCAUCAUAAGUAUCAAGAAUAAUGAUGGUAAAACAAAUUAAUUUUGAACUUAAUUAUAAUUAAGCAUACAAGUAAUUUAUUCGAAAGAAAAAAACAAUAAUUG